AUGGGAAGAAAAGGAACCCGCCAAUCACUCUCGCCCUCGGCUCGCCCAAGUCCGCGUAUCCGCACUUCCGUCGUCGUCGUCUUCGUCGCCGGACCACCGCCUCAAUGUCACGACUUCUGGCCAAUUCAGUCGUUGGCCUUCUGUGCCUGUCCAAUUCUGUUGAUGGAUCUGUUAUGGUAUCAGUUACGGUGGCUCUUUCGCUCUGUGCUGCUGCCUAGCGGAUCGGAUUACACACGAGAAUCGCGAGCCGGUCGUCGUCGUCUCAUUUACUCGGCUAACAGUACAGACCUCUCUUACAUGUGGCCCUGUUUGAAUAGGAGUUAG